GGGGAGGAGUAUAUAUACAUGGGUGAUCCCUAGGGGACACACACUUGACCUUCAGGUCCCAUCUGAUAAAUAUUACAUAUCUACACCUAUAUAUUGGAAAGGUAACCAUGACCUCCCUUACCAGGAAUGUGAUGACCGAUGCUGACGAUAUGACCACACGUAGUGUUCUUACAGAUACAGAUGAUCUGUCCACACACAGAAGUGUCCUCACAGAUACUGACGAUCUGUCCACACACAGAAGUGUCCUCACAGAUACAGAUGAUCUGUCCACACACAGCGGUGUCCUCACAGAUACUGACGAUCUGUCCACACACAGAAGUGUCCUCACAGACACUGACGAUCUGGCCACACAGGAUAUCAUUACCAUAGCCUCUGACCUGCAGAAACUAUUGGUCCACCAUGAUCGGUCCCUCCAACAGAUCGUCCUCAUAGACAGAUAUAUAGCCAGACUGACCAGGCAGGCUCUUGUCUACCUCGAACAGAAACGUAAAGGCCAGGCUCUGAGGAUCCUCACACACAGGGCAGUAGCCAAUGGAAUCAAGUUCCUGUAUCGCCUCUACCGUCUACGCAAGUGGCAGCAAGUACAGCAAGUUGUGACGACCAUAAUGUAUACCCUAGGACAGGAGGCUCCAUCUCUCCCAACUCCAUCAGACUACUCAAGUCUCUCUGACCUGGAGACUGACCAGACCACAGGUAUCUCAAAAACACUCAGUGUUGUCCACAGUGUCCAUUACAGGUAUGAUUAGUGUUUCCAUAGCAACCACUACAGGGAGGAUAAGUGUUGCUCUUAAUUAGCAACCAAUACAGGGACGACAUGAGUGUCAGAAACCACAGCAGUGAUGGUCAGUGUUUCCAUAGCAACCAUGAUUGGGACUAGUGUUUCUAAGUGGCCUUGAUAUGUGGUUCCACAGUACCACUACAGUGUAUUACAACUUAACAGUGACAUUUGUUUCCAUAGUAACCACACUUCCACACUGACUUCUACUUCUUGGUUUGUGUAAUACAGAACUCUAUAGUUGUCUAAAGUCACAGUGGUCAGUCAAGGUUUGACCAAUGUUAGUACUUUCUGAGGUAGUGCUUAUGUAAUAAUA